UAAUUUACUUGCGCCUCCGCGGUUAACGACCCAAUUUCUUUGCUCUUUCUUGUUAUUUUUUUAGGCUUCUUUUAAUUUCUUGGCGCCUCUGCGUUUAUGUUGCUUUGUUUUUUUGAGUGAGUUUAUUUUGCCUUGUUUGGUAUAAUUUUAGAGGGAAAAGAAGAAGGGCCACGACAGUUGCAGAGUAGCAGAAGAUGAGAUCAUCAAAACAGAGAGCAUCAGAGAACAAUCGGAGCAUCAGCGGUCAGAUGUACACCCUCCAUCAGCGUCUCUACCAUGCUCUCAACCUCGGCACCAGCAGAUUUUAUGAUGACAACACAAGGAAAUGGCAGUCUACAGAUAUCGAGAUACAAAGACAUGUGGUCCGCUCAAUCGCUGCAUUUCUUGAUUCUAUUUCUGGAGAUACAAUACACCAUCCCCUUGUAAAGGAUUCAGUUUCUGAUAUGGUUGGGGCAUUGGUAGGGAUUCUUCAAUAUAGAAAUGGAUCCAUGCUAAAUAUAGCAGCAAAUGUGGUAGAAAAGUUGGUCAACAUUUUACCGAAUUCGGUAGGGCAGCCUUAUGUGUUAGAUCUAGUUUAUGCUCUCUCGAAAGUAUUAUCUUUACAUCAUGUAAACAUUCCUAUAUCAUGUGUUACUGCUUUGAAUCUGAUUCUCUUGAAUCUGAAUAUCUUGAAUCUGAACUCUAAGAGUGAGAAAGCAAUUUGGGAGGUUUUGGAAGAAACAAAAACUGUUGCUCAUAUUGUUAGUAACAUACAUUCUGGAGGUAUGGUGCCAAGUGAACAUUUUCAAGAGAUGGCUUCACUUUUGAGUACAAUAUUGUGGCGGUGGCCUCCAUCUAGGUAUCCUGUUUGGACUGAUGUUAAACUGAUGGAAACUUUAGAGGCUAUAUUUGGAAAGCCAGAUUUAUCUGUUAAAGUUGCAGUUUUGAAGUUGUAUUCUGCUUUAGCUUUAUGUGGUAGUGGGGCCAAGAAUCUUAUGGAAAAUGGAGAAGCCUUUCUGCAGAUCAUUGUGCAAUGCAUGGGCAGAUCAUACCCUCAUUCUGUUCAGGUGGAGGGAUUUAGACUUGCCCAAUGUUUAGUGAGAAAUGAAGAAAACUGUUUGAAAUUGUUGAGCUUGUUUGGCGAGCCUAUUGUUAAUGCCAUAGUAAGUGAGAUGCGCAAACAGAACUCGCUUUCUGGAAAGGCUGCAAAUGACCAAUUAUCUUUAUUAAGGGAGGCAUGUCGCUUAGCUCUGAUUACUCGUUGGGCAGGCAAGCAUCACAUUUAUUUUUGGAAACAAGGGAUUGACAGUGUCCUCCUUGGUCUUCUCUUAGAAGAUUUUCACGACAACUUAUAUCAACAUUUCUUGUCGUUGAAGGAGCAAAUGUCCAUCGCGCAGCAGGUUCUCAGUUCCAAUUAUCUUCAUGCUUUGAGGGGUUAUAUCUGGGAUAUUCUUGGAUGGCUUGCAACACACUGUGGGGAAGAUUUCAACCCCAAGGCACAUGGAAAUGAACUCCACCUCAACAUCCUUAUUACAUGUUCAUGCUGGUUCUUUGUGGACACAAUUCGCAAAUGGUGUCAAAUAUGUGAAAACGAUGUUGUUGAUGCUGUCAAAAGUGAACCGGCAUCAAGGGCAGUUCUCAUGAUGAUUUUUUCUCCAUGCAAGUAUAUUGCCUUAAGGGCAAGAUCCACACUGUAUGAGAUACUGAAGCCAAAUGGCAAGGAAUAUCUGAAACACGUACUGCAUACCCUAAGUUAUACAGCCUCCGGUAGCAACCUUGGAAUGCCAAAUGUACUUAAACUUGUCAUUAACUUGAUUGGCUUGACUUGUUAUUCAGUUUUACCACAAUAUCAGAGGCACGUUAUCAAAGGUGAAGGGAUAAAGACGCUACUGGUUCUUGUAAAGUGGUUCUUAGAGAAUGAUGUCCAUAUAGGAAGGCUGAGCUUUGCUCCUCAUUUGCUUUUUCCAUUCCAUGAGAGGAGUUGUUGUUGGGUUUCUACAGAAGACUGGGAGGGCAAAGACAUUCCUUUGCUUUAUAGUUUGUGGGUACUAGCUGAGUUAAUGCACAACUCUGGUUCUGGUAGAAAUAUUCUAGACAUAUUUGCUGGUGAGACGGCGUAUACUGAAGCUGAAUUAGUUAGCAAGCUCCAAAAAAUCUGCAUUGACACUUCUACUCCUGGACUCAGAUGGUAUGCUGCUUACGUUCUUAGUUACUUUGGAGCCUAUGGUUUUCCUAGUAAAAUUGAGAAAAGGAUUGGGAAAGGACUCAAUGAGAAGGAAUAUGUGGAUAUGCACCUCAUUCUUACGAAUGGCGAUUCUUUGAGUGUCCAUGGUGUUGUUCUUGCAGUUAAAUGUCCCUCUCUCCUGCCUUCUAAAGAACUACAUCUUGAUGAGAAUACAUUUGAUGGUUCUUCAGUUCGAGACUUUACAAGGAAAUCGUGUGGAGAGUUACGGAAAGAGAUUCGUUUAUCAGCUCAUGUUGAUCAUCAGGCAUUGAUGAAGUUGUUGGAAUAUGUUUACUGGGGAUAUUUACGAGCAGGAGAGGAACUUGUGAAGAAGUUGAAAACUCUGGCUAAACGUUGUAACCUGCAGCCUCUAUUACAGCUGCUUUGUAGGAAAAGUCCAAAGUGGGGCACUCCUUUCCCUAGCUCUGAUCUUUCUUUGGCUCUUGGUCCAGCUGGACUUCCAUUCUCAGACAUCAUCUUGGAAGCUAAAGCAACUGAACUGAUGUGCUGGACAUGCAGUUUUUGCUCUCUAUCAGUGCCACAUAUGCAUGUUCACAAGGUUAUAUUGUGGUCAAGCUGUGAUUAUAUGCAGGCUUUGUUUCAGUCAGGAAUGCAGGACAGCUAUUCACAAACCAUAAAGGUCCCUGUUAGUUGGGAAGCAUUGGUGAAAUUAAUGGAUUGGUUCUACUCUGACAAGCUGCCGAAUCCUCCCACUGGAUGUUUAUGGGAUAAUAUGGAUACCAAAGAAAAGCUAUGUGAACUGCAACCAUAUGUAGAGCUUUGUUGGCUUGCUGAGUUCUGGCUUUUGGAAGAUGUCAAGGAAGCCUGUUCAGAUGUCAUUGGUUCUUGUCUUGAUUCUGCCAGAUACUUGUCCAUUAAAAUAAUCCAAAUUGCUGCUAAUUUUUCUCUGUGGAAGUUGGCUGAAGUUGCUGCUAGUUACAUGGCCCCUUUGUAUCGUCAACUAUGUGAUUCUGGUGAACUUGAAGCACUGGAUGAGAUGCUAGUUGACAUGGUUCGUGCUGCCUCCGUUCGACUUUCUCAAGAGGGUGGUAGUAACUCUAGGUGAUCUUGUCUGCCAUCAGAUAAUUUGGAGGAUUGGAGAUGUUGAUAGCAGUGUCGUUUAAUAGUAUUGAAAACCUAAUUUGUUAUUGGGAUGUCAGGUAUGCUCAAAUUCAUUAAUAUGUUUUUCUUUUCGAACAAGGUUCCUGUACAGUUGAAGUAAGGCGUGCUCUUUUUAGUGUAAGCUUUAUCUAUGGUUUAAACAUUCAAAAGUGAAUAUUUCUUCCUAAUUAGAGUUCA